CACUAAGGAAGAUAUAAAAAAGCGAGGAGAUCGCACCAAUCGGUUAUCUUCCAAAUCGUUUCUAGUGAACCUACAGCAUUGGUAUGAUAAAUGUUACGUAAUCCAUGACUCGGAAUUUCUACGCAGUCAGUAGCGAAACAGCGUUUGCUAUGUGUGUUUGUAACUUUAAAUGCUGCGCUAUUUACGAUAGUAUAUUUUCAAAAUGAUAAAUCCAAUGAAAUUGAUAGUGACUACUUUUAGGAACAACACUGGGCAAGCAAAAUAUGCGUCGCAAGCAUUGCCGCAAUUAUCUUCUGAAAAGUACAACGUAAGAAGGAAAAACUUUUCUAAAGUUGUGACAAAGGAUGUGGAUCAUUUCAAGUCCCUGUUAGGCGAGGAAAGAGUAUUAACAGAAGAUGCAGAUGUGCUACCAUUUAACAUUGAUUGGAUAAAAAAUUGUCGAGGACAAUCACAGGUAGUACUGAAGCCGAGAACGACGGAGGAGGUAUCAAAGAUUUUGACAUAUUGCAAUGAGAGGAAAUUGGCGGUGUGUCCUCAAGGAGGCAACACUGGCCUGGUUGGGGGUUCCGUGCCAGUGUUUGAUGAAAUCGUGGUCAACCUGAUGCUGAUGAACAAAGUAAUCAGUAUAGACGAUAUAUCAGGUGCCAUGAUUUGCGAGGCUGGCUGUAUCUUGGAGAAUCUAGACAACGUAGUUCGCGAACAUUCGCUGAUCAUGCCAUUGGACCUAGGAGCUAAAGGCACCUGUCAGAUUGGAGGGAAUGUCAGCACCAACGCUGGAGGAUUACGUCUGUUGCGUUAUGGCAACUUGCAUGGAUCUAUUUUAGGAGUGGAAGCCGUGAAAGCCGAUGGAACAAUAAUUGACUGUCUUAAAACAUUAAAAAAGGACAAUACAGGGUAUCAUUUGAAACACUUGUUUAUAGGAUCUGAAGGUACACUGGGACUUGUGACAAAAGUUGCAAUACAUUGUCCUGUUUUGCCCAAAGCAGUAACAGUGGGAUUUUUUGGGGUUGAAAACUUUGAAAACAUACUGAAACUAUAUAGAAGUGCUAAAACAUCUUUAGGAGAAAUCUUAUCAGCGUUUGAGAUGGCAGACAAUGCAGCGAUAAGCAACACUUCGAAAAAUCUAAAUUUACCGAAUCCCAUAUCGGAUUAUCCAUUCUAUGUGCUGGUGGAGACACAUGGCAGUAACGAAGCUCAUGAUGAAGAGAAACUUACAAAGUUUUUAACGAAAGAGAUGGAAAGUGGACUAAUUUUGGAUGGAACUGUCUCUUCGGAGCCCAAGAAAAUGCAGACUAUAUGGAACUUACGAGAGAGCAUAGCGGGCGCUGGACUUGUGAACGGCUACGUCUUUAAAUAUGAUGUGUCUAUACCCCAGAAAUUCUACUAUGAUCUAGUGCCUGUGUUGAGAAAGAAAUUGGGAGAUAAGGCGGUGAUGGUCUGCGGCUACGGACAUAUCGGUGAUGGUAACAUCCAUAUAAACAUCACAGUGCCAGAGUACACAAAAGAAGCAGCGUCUCUUCUAGAACCCUUCAUUUUCGAAGAAGUGGCCAAAGUGCAGGGUUCCAUUAGCGCAGAACACGGCGUUGGUUUCCGAAAGCCCCACUACAUUCAUUACAGUAAAGACGAGUCUGCAUUGCAACUCAUGCGCGAUUUGAAACACCUGAUGGAUCCAAACGGGAUUCUUAAUCCUUAUAAAGUACUGCCAGAAAAUUAGUACCUACCUAACCAGAAUGUUUGUCAGAAUGUCUGCUACGUAGGUAACGUGCUCUUUAUGACUAUUAUAAUCUAUUUAUGUAGACUUGAAAAGUCCCAAAAGAAGUAAAAUUUUUAUAUUGUAUCAUUAAAAAUAUGAAGAAAUUGCAUAAUGAGCAUGUCAGGCUGGCUCAAAAAUAAAUAAAUAAUAAUAUUAUAAAAAAUAUGGGUAGGUAGAUAGGUAAAGUACCUCAAUAAGUUCACCUCAUAAAAAGGGUAAGUAAUUUUGAAUUGAUAAUAAUAUUAAAGCAUAUCAUCGGGGAUACGAGUAAAAAUAAAAAAAAUGUACAGGGUGAAACUCAUUUCAUUAUCUUUAUCUGUAUUUAUAUAUUUUUUAAAUAUUUAGGUACCAAACAUAAGUGCAAAUGAUCUGUUAUUUAUUAAAGGAAAAAUAAAACAACAUUAUUUUAUUUAAAUGACUUUUAUUAAAAUAUCCAUUUAUUCUUAUAACAUUCAUAAUAUCACUGCAACAAAAAUACAAUGGAAUAUUAUAAACAUUUUCCUAAUUGCUUCAAAUAAAUAAAUCCAGUAUUGCAUAAAUAUAUCAAAAAUGUAUUAUUUAUCAGCGCUUGAACUAACAGCAAAAAUUACUUGUAUGACUUAUAUCUGCAGGUAGGUACUCAUUUUAUUGCUAUAUGUGUAUUUUGAAAGCACAAUAUUCACUAUUUACACAAAAUAAAUAGAGUACAGACAAGGCGCUUCAUAAAAUGUGUACUUGAUUAACCAAUCUGCGCUGAGGUUCAUCGAUGAAUAUGAAAUAUGCGUAUUCCCCUUGAUUCAGUAACGUAUGCUUUUGAGAGCGAAAUACUAUUGAGUUUGAGAAAAAUUGGGUUGAGACAGGAAAAUUUUUAAAAGAGACAAGAUCGCAAGUAAAUAUGGAAUAAGCCUUAAAGUAUAGUCCUGGAGGAUGCAACCGGAAACUUCCAAUGAUUAGAUAGAGAGAACUUAGUCAAGUGGAAUAAGUGCUUAAACUUGAAACACUAUCGCUAGUAUCACGCCUUAUCUAUAAAAAUAUUUUGAGAACUUUAAGCUUUCUCUCUGUAAUCUGUUUAUUUUGUGCUAUUUAUUCAUUUAAACCAGCAAUUAGGUCAUUGAUUAAAAUAUAUCUAGCACUCAAGGCAACUAUCACUCACUAUCUCACUCAUAUCGAAUAGGCAUUUUAAAAUCACAACGAAGUUUAACAUAAAUUUGGCAUUUAGUUCAUUUGGUGGCAUCUCUCAGUUUUUGCUGCAAUGAAUUCAUAUGAAUGUAACAUGUUAGUUGCCAUUGCCACUUGACUAACUUGGGAUUACAACACUGGUAUAGAACUAAAAAAUAAACUCAGAUAUAAGCCAAGCUCAAAAUAAAAUUUACCGAGACAAGUUCGUACAAGUAAUAUGUGACUCAUUAGUUGAUUUCAUAAAUGUAAUAAUAAGAUGGGGUAGCUUAAAAUCAUUAAAAGGUACCAGAUACCUUUUUCUACAAAUAUUCAUGGAUGUCAAUUUAUAAUUCAUAGAUGGCAUAAAUAAUUCCAAGUUUAUGUUGUUGAGUCACAAUGAUCAUAUAAGAAACAAUUUAUCGCAGUAAGAACUACUACAAACCUAAUGACCAUUCAAUAAAAACUAAGUAAUGCACCAAAAAUCUUAAACAUCUUUGUGCUUCCGAAAUUCUAAUAUAAUCUAAAAUGAUUCGACAUUUUAUAAUUACUGGAUAAAUUGUUCAGAAAUAUUACUUUAAAAUCAUCGAGAUUACUUAAAAAAACUCGCAGCGAUAUUUGAAAAUUCAUGUCAAUUUUAUGUAAAGUUUCGAUUUCAGAUGGAAAACAAAAAUAUGUUGUUAUUUCAGUCAUGCAUCCAAUACCGCAAUAAAAUAAUCUUCAUUAACGGUUCAUCGGUAUUUUCCACCUGAUUUAGAAACUUCUUUUAAAUGAUAUGAACAACUCAGCCAUCCAAUGUUAAACACAAGUUUUCCUCAGUUUAGGAUAUUAUCAUUGGACGCAGUGGAAUGGAAGUUGAUUGUAGGUAAAUAAACAAUAUUUCAUAUUUCUGAUGUUAGACUUGUCUCAACAUUUUUUAUCUUGUUUACAAAUGUGAAGAAAGUCAUUGCCUAUGCGUUGAUUUCUAUUCAUCAAUAGAAAAAUAAAUGGAGAAAAUAUGAGAUCACUAAAUAUUAUUUAUUAUUCGACAGACAAAAUGUAAACAAGAAGCAAAUGGCUCUCAAUAUGGCCGUCAAUGUUCCGUGGUGGGAGCAACAAUACGAUUUAGUUCACAUUAUGUACCCGAAUCUUGACGUUUUUCUUUACAUUUUAGUAAUCUAAAAAAGAACUAUGUAAAACUUGUUUACAUUUAGUCCACGCAUUUUAUUCCUUUGUUGCAAUUGAUGUGUUUACGUAUAAAUAAAAUAUUAAUAUUCUUUCAACAUUAGUGAUCAAAUAUACAAACCACAAAUAGGGUAAACGAGUCUUUAAAAUGCAUUGUUUCUUAUACGUAAACACAACGCCCGAUACCAGACCAAGACUUCCACUAAUAAAUCUACACACAAAGUAAAGUACACCAAUUAUUAUGUUAUAGAAGUUACGAACGUUUUA